AUGGGUUCUGAGUUGUGUUCCUACGAGUUAGCUGCUCAUAAAUAUCCUGGUCUACCUGAGAGGUUCUCUAAAUGUCCCAAACUUCCUGUUCCACCCAGUAAGCCUUUGCCAGUGUUUAACCGCUGCACUCCGGUGGAUAUUUCCUGUUAUACGAAGUUUGCAGAGGCCGUGGUGACGUUUGUGGGCGAUAACAGUUUUCUGCACCGACUGAUCGCUGGCGUUGCUGCUAGUAAAGAGAUCAUCGUGGGACUGUGCGUGCUAGCACUGGUCCUCUCCAUGAUCCUCAUGGUGAUCAUCAGGUACAUCUCCGCUGUCCUCGUCUGGAUCCUCACCUCUCUGGUUGUCCUUGGAUCACUCGCGGGAACCAGCGUCCUCUGGUGGCUCUACAUCGACCACCGGCUGUACGGAAACGACACCUCCACUAAAGUGGUGAAGGAGGCGAAAGAAGAGGUGGAUAUCACCAGAGACAGCGGACAGGCUCUGCUUGUCUAUGCUGUUGCUGCCACCAUCUUCACCAUCAUCCUGCUGCUGCUGAUGCUCUUCAUGAGGAAACGAGUGGCGCUGACUAUCGCUCUGUUCCACGUGGCAGGAAAAGUCUUCAUCCACCUCCCCCUCCUCACCCUGCAGCCCUUCGUCACCUUCCUCACUCUCCUGCUCUUCUGGAUCUACUGGAUCCUGGUCCUGCUUUUCCUGGGAACCACUGGAAACCCGGUCCAGAAUGAGGAGACAGGUUUGACAGAGUUCAGACUGACAGGUCAUCUUCAGUACCUCACCUGGUACCACGCCGUGGGUCUGGUCUGGAUCAGUGAGUUCAUCCUGGCCUGUCAGCAGAUGACUGUGGCUGGAGCUGUGGUCACGUACUACUUCACCAGGGACAAGAACCGUCUCCCAGUGACUCCGAUCCUGUCGUCAGUCCUGAGGCUGGUCAGGUACCACUUGGGCACCGUCGCUAAAGGAUCCUUCAUCAUCACGCUGGUCAAGAUCCCUCGACUCAUCCUCAUGUACAUCCACAACCAGCUGAAAGGAAAGGAGAACGCCUGCGCUCGCUGUCUGCUGAAGACGUGUAUCUGCUGUCUGUGGUGUUUGGAGAAGUGCCUCAACUAUCUCAAUCAGAAUGCAUAUGCAGCCACAGCCAUCAACAGCACCAGUUUCUGCACAUCUGCACGCGACGCCUUCGUGAUCCUGGUGGAAAACGCUCUGCGUGUCGCCACAAUCAACGCAGUAGGAGACUUUGUGCUCUUCCUGGGGAAGGUCCUGAUUGUGACAUCGACAGCAUUCGCCGGCGUCCUCCUCCUCAACUACCAGAGGGAUUACGCCGAGUGGCUUUUGCCACUCAUCAUCGUGUGUCUCUUCUCCUUCCUGGUGGCGCACUGCUUCCUGUCCAUCUUUGAGAUCGUGGUAGACGUCCUAUUCCUCUGCUUCGCCAUCGACACUAAGUACAACGAUGGAACUCCGGGAAAAGAGUUCUUCAUGGACAAAGCUCUGAUGGAGUUCGUAGAGAGCAGCCGGAGGUUGGAGCGGGCGGUGGAGCGUGGGCGGAGCCGUGUGAAGGAAGCGGUGUCUGAGGGGGCAGAGAUGAAGCCCAUGGCUCCGGGGACGAGUUCAGCUUGACCAAAAUCAGAGGGACUUAAAACGAGAGACAUUCCAGAUGUUUAUUUUUCCAGGUGUAACAUGUUUACUAUGGUUUCACUCCAGGGAAAACAAUAUUUUAAUAAGAAACGUAACGAUGACGCACUUUAUACUGAAGCGCUGCAGAUUUUAAACCUGCUGAUGCAUUUUUUCGUAGUGAUGUCGUUUUUUAUAAACUCACCCUGAACUCAUU